AUGAUAAGACAAUCCUAUUUGAAAGAGUCCCCAGGAUUAGGCGACAGGGUCAAGCUUAUAUUUCAGAACUCCUCCAAUGUUGAGUUGCGAAUAAAGCACGCUACUAACAACGAACUGUGGGGUCCCACAGCCGAUGAGUUGCAAUACAUAAGUCAGCACACAUUUGACCCCCGGAAGCUUCAGACAAUUCUCAGUGUUUUGCGUAAACGACUACUCAAGACCAAGAACAAACAAUGGAAAAGUCUGCUGAAAAGUCUCACAGUGAUUUUGUUUUGUCUACAGAGUGGCUCCAACGAGUUUGUUAACUAUUGGAAAAGGAAUUGCUACUUGAUAAACACUUUAAAAGAAUUUCAAUAUGGUGAUCAGGAAAUGCAGAGUCUGAAUAUACGAAACAAAGCCCGGUAUGUGUCUUAUCUUCUUACAGAGGAGGAGAAACUUGCAAGUAAACGAGAAGAUUACCAUAAAUUGAGAACUCAAAUGACCAAGCCAGGAGUCAAGAAGAAUUCUCAAAAGGGAUACGCAAAUAUUGAUUCGGAUGACGAAGAGCUGACUGAGGCUCUCGAUUUCAAAUUGGCACCAAGGUCAACAAAAAGUCUAGACAUAACACGGUCUGGACUACCGCAACAAUAUAAUUUUGAAAAUGUUCUUAGUAGCGACGAAGAAGAUGGAGGCGGAGAGUUUCAGGGUGAUUCUGUAUCCCCAAUUAAAAACAGUUUUCAUUCAAGUCCAAGGAAGCAGCGAUCUCUACUCCACGUCAUAGACGAAGGAAGUCCAUCUAUUGGCCCAAUUUCUGUUCAACUGAAAAGAAGUUUGACUUCUCCCACAAAGAGACACAAGAAUGCUCAGGAAGUGAUAAGCCAACCAGAAAGCAUGACAUCCUCAAACUUGUUUUCGCCUACACAUUCCUCCGCCUCAACUACAUCAAUAAUAUCUCCCAAACCCCAAGCGGCAAUGAUCCCAAGUCUUAACCCAAAUAACCCUUUUUAUACUGAUACUAAUAGCUAA